AUGAAUGCGAAAUACCCUACCUUUGUAGCUGAAGAAAGGAACAUGAGGCUUGGACUUUCAACAGACGGAUUUAAUCCAUUCAAUAUGAAGAAUUCUAUGUACAGUUUCUGGCCGUUAUUGUUAGUCAACUACAACUUGCCACCUGAUUUAUGUAUGAAGAAGGAGAACAUAAUGCUUUCAUUGUUGAUUCCUGGUCCACAACAGCCCGGUAAUAGUAUAGAUAUCUACUUAGAGCCUCUCAUUGAAGAUCUAAACCAUAUGUGGAGCAGUGGAGAGUUAGUGUACGACGCUUUUACUCGAUCAACUUUCACACUGAAGACAGACAGUAUGUGGCUUAAGUACAGAAGAAAACAUGUGUAUAUGUACCACAGAAAAGGUCUGCCACCAUCUCAUAGUUUUCGGGGAAAGAAGAAGUGGUUCGAUGGAAAAUCUGAGCAAAGGAGAAGGGGAAGAAUUUUAACCGGCCUUGAAAUUUCUCAAAACCUCAGAAAUUUCAAGAAUGACUUUGGCAAUGUUAAACAUUCUGGGAGUAAGAGAAAAAAGAUGGAACUCCCGGUGAGGCACAACUUAGAUGUUAUGCAUGUAGAGAUAAAUGUGGCUACUAGUCUAGUUUCAACAUUGUUGCACUGUGGGAAAUCCAAGGACGGUCUUCCAGCUCGUAAAGAUCUUGAGGAUCUUGGUAUAAGGCAGGAUUUGCACCUCGCAUCCAUGGAAAACGAACAUAUCUUCCUCCAGCACCGUGGUCUUUGUCUAAGACAGAGAAGAAGAUAUUUUACAGGAGACUUUUUGACUUCAAAGGGCCAGAUGAAUAUUGUUCCAACAUAUCCAGAGAAACUUCUUCCAAUUGCACUUAAAGGGGUGUUACCUAAAGGACCGAGACUAGCAAUUUCAAGGUUAUGCGCAUUCUUCAACCUGUUGUGCCAGAGAGUUAUUGAUAGAGAGCAGCUUCUGGUUAUGGAAGCGGAGAUUGUAGAGACGCUUUGCUUGUUUGAAAGAUAUUUUCCUCCAAGUUUCUUUGAUAUCAUGGUCCAUUUGACUGUGCAUCUAGGCAGGGAGGCCCGGCUUGGUGGACCUGUCCAUUUUAGAUGGAUGUACCCAUUUGAGAGGUACAUGAAAGUCCUCAAAAACUUUGUUAGAAAUCCUGCUAGACCAGAAGGGUGCAUUGCUGAGUCUUAUCUUGCCGAGGAAUGUAUGAAGUUUUGCAGUGAAUUUCUCAAGAAGUCAACAAAUGUACAAGACAAAAUAGAGAGAAACAUGGACUAUGAGAACAGCUCUAUCUUAGAGGGUCGUCCAAUAUCAGGUGGCACAUCAGUGCCUCUUGAUUCUAAAGAACAUGACGAAACACUCAAGUGGCUAGCUUAUGGUCCACGUUCUUCAUCAAAGUCAUAUACGGGCUAUAUAGUUAACGGUCAGAGGCUUCACACCACAUCAAUUGAUUGGAAAAGUCAGAAUUCUGGGGUUUACUAUGAGGCUACAGCAGUUUGUAGAUCUAGUGUGAAAGAUACAUCACAGGUGGUUGAUUGGGUUUCCUACUACGGCAGAUGGGCUGUAAAGGGUAACGGAGUGAAGAUUGAAGAUGGUUUUACACUUGUUAACAUGAAUCAUAGUUAA